AUGGCUCCUCUUCAUCGUCUUGCUCUGUCCACUCGAUUCGCAUCUCGUGCCAUUGUGCCCGUUUCUUCAGCUUUGUUGCGACCAUCCGUAGCUUGCACUGGUUCUCGACACUUUCACUCUACCAGAAUGGCUAGCCACCCAAUUGCGACGCUAGAUGAAUCGCUCGUCCCUCGCCUACCUCUGUCCUCUCUCACCUUGUUCGAGGCAAAGAAGCAGAAGAAUCUAUCCUUUGAGGCCAUUGCAAAGGAAGUCGGCCGCGAUGAAGUUGCCAUUGCUGCCUUGUUCUACGGCCAGGCUCAGGCUUCGCCUGAGGAUAUCAAGAAGCUCUCACAUGUUCUUGACAUUCCUGCUGAAACGCUUGGAUCACAGCUUUCCGGAUUCCCGGAUCGAGGCAGGACGAUAGACAUGCCACCCAAGGAGCCCUUGAUCUACCGUCUCUACGAAAUUGUCCAGAACUACGGGUACGCUUACAAAGCAGUGCUCAAUGAGAAGUUCGGCGAUGGGAUUAUGUCUGCUAUCAGCUUCUCGACAAAGGUUGAGAAGGAGACAGACGAGAAGGGUGACUGGGCUGUAAUCACUCUGAGGGGCAAGUGGCUGCCUUACUCGCGAUUCUAG